GGGAGUGACGGAUGUAUUAAGAGUAGCAGUGACCGGUAAAAGCUUCAGUCUUUGUUAAAUCUAAAAACCAUGGCCCAGGACAUGACUCUUCUGUGGGGCUCCGGCUCUCCUCCCUGCUGGAGAGUGCAGAUCGCUCUGGAAGAGAAGAACCUGCAGGGCUACAACCAAAAACUGCUCUCCUUUGAGAAAAUGGAGCACAAGUCCCAAGACGUGUUAGAUAUAAAUGCCAGGGGACAGCUUCCAUCUUUCAAACAUGGAGACGUCAUCGUUAAUGAAUCCUACGCAGCCUGCUUUUACCUGGAGAGUCGGUUUAAGUCUGAAGGAAACAAACUGAUCCCAGACAGCCUGGCGGAACAAGCACGGAUGUACCAACGCAUGUUUGAAGGUCUCACAUUCUACGAAAAACUCAAUGCAGUUAUCUACAAUGACUGGUUCGUUCCUGAGGGAGAGAGGCAUGACUCAGCUCUGAAGAGAAACAGGGAAGCACUGGCCACUGAACUCAACCUCUGGGAGGGUUACCUGCAGAAGCUGGGCCCGGGCUCUCACCUUGCAGGACCCUUCUCUCUGGCAGAUGUGACUGUUUUUCCGACCGUUGCUACUCUUUUCAGAUUUGGGCUGUCUGCUGAGCGUUACCCUAACCUUGGAGAGUAUUAUGCUCGGUUGAAGGAGCGGCCCAGCAUCAAAGCCAGCUGGCCUCCUCACUGGUUGGAGAAUCCCAAGGGACAAAACACAUUAGAAGACAUUUGAGAUCCACACACACACUUUACAUCUAGUUUGCUACAAUGCUUUUCCCCCCUUUUAUUUAACAUGGUUUCAGUUCCAAAUAUUUUUAAAUAAACCUCUUUUAGUUUUCCUAACAAAAGAAA